AUGUCGGCGCAAGAGAUCACUGUUCCGGCGCCCGCCGACUUCCACGUGCACCUGCGACAGGGCAAGAUGUCGGAACUCGUCACCCCGCACGUCGCGCAGGGAGGUGUCUCGCUCGCCUACGUGAUGCCCAACCUCGUACCUCCCAUCACGUCGGCACAGCAGGCGACCGAGUACCUCGAGUCUCUGCGAGCGCUUGCGCCUCAGACGAGGUUCGUGGGCACACUGUAUCUUUCGCCCAAACUCACGCCUGCCGAGAUCGCCAAGGCGGCGCAGAACGGCGUGCGAGGCGUCAAGAGCUAUCCGCGCGGCGUGACCACCAACUCGGACAGCGGCAUCGAGGACUACGAGACGUACUACCCGAUCUUUGAGGAGAUGCAGAAGCACGACAUGAUCCUCAACCUGCACGGCGAGGUGCCGUCGAACGCGGAUGCUGGUAUCUGUGUGUUGAAUGCCGAGGAAAAGUUCUUGACGCACCUGUUCAAGAUCCACCGCCAAUUCCCCAAGCUCAAGAUCGUCCUGGAGCACGCUACCACACGCAAGGCUGUAGAGGCCGUCAAGCAGUGCGGCGAUACUGUGGGCUGCACCAUCACACCGCAUCAUCUCGAGCUUAUCGUGGACGACUGGGCAGGCAAGCCGCUCAACUUCUGCAAGCCCGUCGCAAAGUACCCCGAUGACCGACAGGCACUGCGCGACGUUGUCCGCGAAGGCCACCCACGCUUCUUCCUCGGUUCCGACUCAGCACCGCACCCGUUGGCCAGCAAGUACCCCUCUGCCGUCACCCACGGCGCGCCGGGCACCAAGGUUUCCGCCUCGGGCGGCGACGAUCUGGAGCCGACCGGUGUCGUCUCAUGCGGAUGCGCCGCGGGUGUCUACACGUCGUCGACCCUCGUCCCGCUGUGCGCCACGCUCCUCGAAGGGUUCGGUGCGCUCGACCAGCUGGCCAACUACGUCAGUCUCAACGGCCGCAGGUUCUACGGCUACGACAGCGAGCACGAACUCUCGCAGGGCAGCAUCACGCUUCGCAGAGCGGGCAAGGCAUCAGCAGCAUCGGAUCACGCUACGGUUCCUGCGGUAUAUGUGCACCCGGAGUUCGAGCAGGUGCCGGAUUCGGACGGCAGCAAGGUACAGGUGGUACCCUUCUGGGCUGGUAAGCGUCUUGGGUGGGAGAUUGUUCGUUCAUGA